UCCGCGGCUCCUCAGCCGGUCUCCCUCCCCCUCCACACACGCUGACACGCGCGCACGAACACACACACACACUAACACGCCAGCGAGCUGCUGGCUGCUCAAUGGACCGAAUUCCCCGCUUUCCUUGAUCCCAGCCCGGCCCGGAAUGAAAAAUUGCAAAAUGGCCCGGGUCGCCAGUGUGCUGGGGCUGAUCAUGCUCAGCGUCGCUUUGCUGAUUUUAUCGCUCAUCAGCUACGUGUCCCUGAAAAAGGAGAACAUCUUCACCACUCCCAAGUACGCCAGCCGGGGGGCGCCCCGAAUGUAUAUGUUCCACGCGGGAUUCCGGUCACAAUUUGCACUGAAGUUUCUAGAUCCAUCAUUUGUGCCCAUUACGAAUUCUCUGACCCAGGAACUCCAAGAGAAACCUUCUAAGUGGACAUUUAAUCGGACAGCGUUUUUACAUCAAAGGCAAGAAAUUCUUCAGCAUGUCGAUGUAAUAAAAAAUUUUUCUUUGACCAAGAAUAGUGUUCGGAUCGGACAACUGAUGCACUAUGAUUAUUCCAGCCAUAAAUAUGUUUUCUCUAUUAGCAAUAACUUCCGAUCGCUGCUUCCAGAUGUGUCACCCAUUGUGAAUAAGCAUUAUAAUAUCUGUGCUGUGGUUGGAAAUAGUGGUAUCCUGACAGGGAGCCGGUGUGGACAAGAAAUAGAUAAGUCAGAUUUUGUUUUCCGUUGCAAUUUUGCCCCUACGGAGGCUUUCCAAAGAGAUGUUGGAAGGAAAACCAACCUUACCACGUUCAACCCCAGCAUCCUGGAAAAAUAUUACAACAAUCUUUUGACCAUUCAGGACCGUAACAACUUUUUCCUCAGUUUAAAAAAGCUCGAUGGGGCCAUUCUUUGGAUCCCUGCAUUUUUCUUCCACACUUCAACAACUGUUACCAGGACAUUAGUUGACUUUUUUGUUGAACACAGAGGUCAGUUAAAGGUCCAAUUGGCUUGGCCUGGAAAUAUAAUGCAGCAUGUCAACAGGUACUGGAAAGACAAACAUUUGUCACCCAAACGGCUGAGCACAGGUAUCCUUAUGUACACCCUUGCAUCCGCAAUCUGUGAAGAGAUCCACUUGUAUGGAUUCUGGCCUUUCGGAUUUGACCCCAACACCAGGGAAGAACUUCCGUACCAUUACUAUGACAAAAAAGGAACCAAAUUUACCACCAAAUGGCAGGAGUCCCACCAGCUACCUGCUGAGUUUCAGCUGCUGUACCGAAUGCAUGGGCAGGGGCUCACCAGGCUGUCGCUGUCACACUGUGCCUAAGAACUCUAAACAGAAAGUGCCAAUGGCUGCUUAAGAAGUGCCCCAAGUCAGAUUGAAUAGUCUUCAGAAUAGAACCCUAGAGAAUUUCUCCUAAGGAUUGUCGGCCAUUUAAAAGGAAGGAUGUCUUCUCUCCCUCUUUGUACGGCUCUCUCCAGGGUCUUAGCAGGACAGAGGCAUGGAGGCCUCAUGGUUCAAACUUGACUGAGAAAAGGAAGGUUGCAUUUGGAACUGUGCUGCUACUGAAAUGGUCUGAAGUAUUUUCAUGUUUGUAUUUUAAUAAUAAACUGCCUCCCGUUUUUUAGGAGGAUGAGAGCUGUAGUUUCUGCAGCUUUGCUCAGAUACAGUCCUCAUAACCAGAGGCUUCUGGCCAAUUUGGGCAGGAUCUCAGUUUUGCCUGGGUGGGAUGAGACUCUUCAAAAUGGAAACAUAAAACCUAUAGUUUGCAUAUCUCCCUUCUCUCCUUCUCCCUCCCUCCUUCCCCUUCUUUCUCCUUCCCUUUCUCUACCCUUAAAGCCACUCCUCUUACCCAACCACCAUGGAGUUUAAUAAUUUUCUAGGAAUCCUAUUGAACUAGCUUUGCUUGUAUCUGUUGCAUCUGUACUUGAUGUGUUCAAGGUUCUGGGUAACUUUGAUAUUUCACGACAAACCGAGCAAAUCAUGACAGAUCCCUCAUGACUACUUUUAUAAGAAAAGCCCCUUACCAAGUCCUCACUCACCCAUGCAGUCAUAUGAUGGAAAAGUGGUCUCUCCCUGAGAGUGGCCCAGAAUGGAACGCAUCUUUCCCUUCCCAAAGAAAGCCUGUGUCACAGGUGGCUGUCUUCUGACGUGAGAGCUAAUAUAGCACAUCACUGUGUUUGCCAUACCCGCAAAGGCAUUCCAGCCAGGCUUAGUGCCUCCCACUUACCCCAACCCAAGGGCUGGGUGGCAAAUUCUCUCUCAGAUUAUAAAGGCAACGAGCCAGCUUAAGAGCCUGGGAUAUACAGAAGGAAAGGAAGGAGGUGUUUAGAAGUUGCUCUGGAAUCCUGAUUACCAUCAGGUGUUAUAAUCAGGUUUUCCACUCAGAACCUUUGGGAACCACAGGGCUAGAGUCCCUUGGAAGCACUGGUUGGCCAGGGCAGGCCACCAUGUGACUAAUGCAAGAUGGCCUCAUUUUCAGUGUCGUAUGUCCACCAGCACUGCUCCAGGCCGUUUGUUCUCUUUAAGACAACUGUAGACACUGGAUGUUCCUUCUACAAAUGAAAUAUUGCAAAAGGUAGAGCUACUGUGUAGUGGCAAGGUCUGGUACUAUCAAACUAUGGAAGUUAAGAUGUGUGGACCAACCAUAAACUAGUUGACCAUUCUCUUCUUCAUUACUUCAGUCUCAGAAGUAGAAAUGACAUCACUCUCAUCUCUGGCUUUUCACUGAGCAGCACUUUGUUCUUCCAGUUGAGCCCAAAGUCUGGCCAAGUUGAUGUUAAAUUUUAAUAAGAGUUUCUUUCUUCUUUCCAAAUGCCAGUCAAGCACAUUUGUAAUACAUUUGGGUGGGGUAGCUUGUUCUUUUCCAGAAAAUCUCAUCUAGAUUGCUUGCAAAUACUAUUUAAAAUGAUUGCUGGAGUCCAGCAGUCAGCUCACGGUCCCUCUUUGGGAAGGUAUAAUCAUGCCUAAAAUUAAACCAAAUGCAAUCAGGAAAGACACUGUUCCUAUGUGCAUGUUCUGCUUGGUCCUAAAGGAGAACUCUCCUGUGAUGUUUGGUUUGGUUUUGUUUUGUUUCCAGAAAGCUAAUCAGAACAGCUUAGGUAGAUCCAGAUAUUAACAAAUGACAGGAAAACCAUUCAUGUUCAAUAUGUCAACAACUGGGACACAUCUUCCACCCUGUAUAAAUGGCAGUCACCAAUGUGCAUAGGAAGAAAUAGGAAUAGAUGCUCCAGAGUGGGAAAUACUAAAACAGCUCAAUACUUGAAAUCACCAGAAAGGGAGAAAUCAAAAACAUCUUUAAAUUCAAUGGUGGGACUUGAUGGGCGUCAACGCCACACCACGUUUGUUCCUGUGACUUUGAAGAGGACGGACUGUAGCCUUCGUAUUGUCCUCUGUCAAGAUCACUGUUAACUGGCCAGUGUCUCGUUGGCUCUUCCUAAGCACUUAGUACAUUUGGUUACAGCAAAGCGAUGUUCAUGCCAAUACUACGUUGGCCAGACUCUGACUCUGGAGUUUUCAUCCCAAUGUGCCCAUUAGAUUUCACUACAUAUGAAUGUAUUGACACUUUAAACCAGGCAGUUUAAAAGAGCAAAAGACUAGAAUUCCUGAAAGCCAGUUAAUUGUUCUAUGGUAGACACUUUAAAUUAGCUCUCAUCAUUGUGCCAAGUUUGUUGGGUUUUGUUUUGUUUUUUUUUCCUCCCCAGUUCAGGGAGAUUUUUUAAAUCUCAUUUCAUUCUUGGCUCCAUCUUAAGUUUAGAGGAAGGACAUUUUCACUGUCUGACACCAUUUCAUCUAUUACUUUAGCAAGAACUCAAAAUGUUGAGGAAACAGACAUGUCUCCCAGAACUCAAAGAGUUCAGAGGUCAGGCUCAUCCCCAGUUUCCAGGCAGGUCUUCCUGGCCUUGAGCCAAAAGAACCACCCUUUACUUUUCUUUAAAAAUCUCUGAAACAAAUGCCAAGCUCUCUCAUAGUAGUUACCCACAACUCCCGCAACUUAUAAAUUCUUUAUAUAUAGCUAUGUCCCUCCCAUUGCAAAUAUUAGAGGUGAUAUUUCAGUAAUUAGACCUUGCAUUGUUACUUUUAUUGUUAGUAAUGUCCUAGACCUACAGUUCCAGCAUAGAGAAAAAAAUGCCUCUGGCUGAUCAUACAAAGUUUUUGUUUCUAAAGAUCACUUCAGAGAUUAAACCCAAAUAACCAUCAUUACUACUAGAAGAAUUGGUGGGCCCUGUAAGACCUGGUUAGAAAGAUGACAGUGUAACAGAACUUCCAGGCCUGUGUGCUCAAAGGUAGGAAUUGGGUGAGACAUCUCUGGGUCUCCCUCAUUCCUGAUUCAAUUAUAAAGAAAUACUCAAGCCUUUGCACCAGGCUUGCUGUAUUGGUACAAGGCUAAUAAAUGUGUCCUUUGAUCAGAACCUAUUCUUUUUUAGGAUAUAGCAGAAUCCAUCCUCAGCUAUUGGAACCAAGUUCAUAUCCCCCUUGGUAAAUAUAGUUUACUGAUGGUUGACAAUUGUGAUCAUAUCCAAUUACCUAUUCAUCCCAACAAAGCCUUGUUUUAGUAACAUGUAUGCAUAGUUUCAAGUGGGUAUCUAUAUACCACUAAUACAAAUGAUCACUCAGUUGCAACAGGUAAGAUCCACACACAUCUAACAACCUGUUUAAUGUUAGCCCCCUCACCACCAUUGGUUGCUCUGAAUGUCAUGUGCAAACAGAUAGAUCCAGGGUAGACAGAACUAAAAUGUGAUACCAAGAAUUCCUCCCAUAGUCUGAAAUCUUGCCCAUAUUUGAUAAUUAAAAUGUCAAUGGUUCCUCUGCUUCUGUUUCUGUGUCUUAAUGUCCUUAACCAUUGUAAAAGCGCUGUGCAUUUCAUAGUGUUUUGUGCGUAGCAAUGCUGUGCCUACUAGGCCAUCUGUCUGUGACCCUGGCAUCAGUACCCAACCAUGGGGUACCAGCCAGGAUGUGCAAAGCUCCCUCAGCCUCUCUGGUCCAGCCCCAUUUAUUGAGGAAUGUGAGUGCCAGGGCUAACGAAAUGUGCCAGCAAAACUAAGGAGUGGAAAAGCAUUUCUUCUGACUUUGGGCAAGGCAUUAAUUAUUAGACAUUCCCAGAGAGCAAAAAGGUAUUGACUUGAAGCCAAGAGUAGCAGAAUUGUAGAUCCCUACGCUACUGGAAACAAAAGAUCCUGUGAGCUUCUAUAGUGCUGGGUCUCAACUUUGCAAAUGAAAAGUGGAGAAACAGAGAGUAAGUUUCCAAGAUCACAUAGUAAUCAGUGGAGAAAUGACUCCUCAUCUAGUAAUUCUGACUUUAACAGCAUCAACUGACCAUAGAUGGACUCAGAGAAAGUGAUUUUGGUACGAGUUCCACAAGACAGGCACAGAAAGUAAAGUAAGUUAGAAAAGCUGUAGAACAGGAGCAUUAUUCUCUUUCCCUCAAAAAAAAAAAAUAUAUAUAUAUAUAUGAUUUAGGUACACACACACACA